AUGGAGUCCUCUCUGGAGUUCUCCAGCUCUUUGGGCAGCGUGUCCUCCCUGCUGACCCGCUGUCGGACCUUCAAGGUUCUGGUGAUCGGGGACUCCGGUGUGGGGAAGACGUGCCUGACGCACCGGCUGUGCGCCGGAGAGUUCCCCCGCGGAGUGGAGGCCACCAUCGGCGUGGACUUCCGCGACAGAGCGCUGGAGAUCGAAGGAGAAAAAAUAAAACUCCAGCUGUGGGACACGGCAGGACAAGAACGCUUUAGGAAGUCCAUGGUGCAGCACUACUACCGGAACGUCCACGCCGUGCUCUUUGUUUAUGACGUCACCUGCCCUGCCAGUUUUAAGGGGCUGAAUGCCUGGAUAGAGGAGUGCCGGCAAAACUCUCUUGGUCAUGAAAUACCCAGGUUCCUUAUUGGAAACAAGAGCGACCUUCGUGAUCCCAGCAGGACUGACCACCAGGUGAGCCAGGAGCGGGCGUUGAGCUUCGCCAAAGCCCACGGCAUGACUUUCUUUGAAACAUCUGCCAAGAACCCUUUAAAGAGACAGGCGAGCAGGCGACGAGGCGACAGGGAGGUUCUGUAUCAGCAGGACGCUGUGGAGGACAUCGUCACGGCUGUCGGCACCACGCUGAAGAAACACAAGAGUCCUUUAACGGCUAACUCGCCGGCGUACAGCGGAUCUUUUCGAGUUAACAAGAAAAUCCCAGAGAAAGAGCAGUGGUCGUGCUGCUGAGAGCCACGCAGGACACUUCGCCUUUUCAAAGGAAGAACGUGACUUUUUGUACAAGGGUUUCAAAAAACUUAGUCGUUCCUCCCCAGAGAGAUGUUUAAUAUUUAGACUGAUUAUUACUUAAGAUUAUUAUGUAUAUUGUUGAUCUUCUUGUUUACUUUUCCUGUAAAAUAAAAUCCUGUGAGUUUUAAAACACAAACUGUUAUAUUUUCAUAUUUUUCAGAUUUA